UUUUUAAAAUUAGUGACGUACAGCCCGUGGUACUGCGACGUCAUCGAUCGGCGCCGUUGUUGUGCCAACACAAACAGAAGCUAACAGCGAAGGUAAUAGUAAACUUUGCACCCUGUCUCCAGCCUCGGACGUGUACAGUUUGGCCCUGCGGAACUGAAUGAGGUGCUGUUUUCUGCCUCUGCUGUUUAGUAAGCCCUGCUGCUGCUGCUGCUGGGAUGGGCCAGCAGAUCUCAGGUCAGGGGGUCAUGACCCGUCUACCUGAGAAGCUGGUGAAACACGCUGGAUUGGUCCGUGACAGCGGCUACCUAACCUACGAGGAAUUUCUGGCAAGAGUGGCUGAACUCAAUGACGUUACGGCCAAGCUAGCUGCUGGACAGCAGAAACACCUACUGUUUGAGGUACAGCCAGGAUCCGAUGCCACGGCCUUGUGGAAAGUGGCUGUCAGGAUCGUCUGUACCAAGAUCAACAAGGAGAAUGGCAUGGUGGAAGCAUCACGGAUCAUGAACUUGUACCAGUUCAUCCAGUUGUACCGUGACAUCACCAGCCAGGCCGCUGAGGUGCUGUCCGCCGAGGGUGCCACUGAGGGUUCGUCUGCCCAGCUUCCCUCUACAGACUCCUGCCAGGCCAGCAUGUGGAUGGGCAGGGUGAAGCAGCUGACGGAUGCGGAGGAGUGCUGUAUCUGCAUGGACGGAAAGGCUGACCUCAUCCUGCCCUGCGCCCACAGCUUCUGUCAGAAAUGCAUUGAUAAAUGGAGUGGGCAGAGUCGAAACUGCCCAAUAUGUCGUCUGCAAGUGACUGCUGCCAAUGAAUCCUGGGUGAUGUCCGAUUUUCCCACAGAGGAUGACAUAGCUGGCUACAUCCUCAACUUGGCUGAUGAGGCGGGCCACCCACACAGGCCUUAACACACAGAACACUAUCUAUUUUUAAAAAUGUCCAUAAAUCUAUUAAGAUUACGUAAUCUGAUUGCUGUAGAAAUACCGUAGUUUACACUCCCAGCACAGCCAUUCUUGUCUUUGCCUCGCUUUAUCAUGCCUGUAAUGAAAAGUAAACAUGUAAUUGAAGGAGGCAGCUUUUCAGUUAAACCUGACAUCUUGUAGGGGUACAGGUAUGGAGACUUCAAAACCACAAAAUAGUUUUAGUUUUAAGAAGUAUUUCUGUUCUUGUUUGUAUAUUCAGUAAAACGUCCCAUGUCACUUUCAGUUGAAGUGAACAUGGUUGUUGUUUAUGAAGAGUUGAUCCAUGCUGACGUAUUUCAUAAAAUGUGAAUAUGUAAUAACCUUAAUUUUCGUAAAUGAUAAAUUUCUAUAUAACUGAAUCUAAUGCUUUACCUGAAGUUGUAUUGAGAUGAAUUGUUAAUUCAGCUGUUUGUUGUGUGACAUUCAGUGAGUUUAUCAGUUUGUUUUUGAUCAUAUUCAGAUAUUUGAACCAGUUUUUCCAAAUAUGAGACAGUAGUAAUGUUAUACUAACUUUUCAAUUUUACUAGUCUUUCAAUGCAUAGUUUUUUUAUUUUUUGUUUUGUUCAUAAACUGUAAACCUGACAAUUUUUCUUUUUACCAAAAUAAAUUGCUGAUUGUUAAUUCUGACAAGUCGCACCUUGAAACUUCAGUGUUGCUUUCCGCGUGUGAGCGCACUACAACACACAGAUGAUUAUAUCUCUGCGGUUGGAAAAUGUUAUCUUGCACUGUAAUCCUUUCACAGCAGCUGAGGCCAUGCACACCAAAUUAUGUUAGAUAUCUUUUAUCAAGCUGAUCAGAGAGUUUGAGUGAGUCUGAUCUUAUGGUUGCAUGACUGCAUGGUCUGUUCAAAAGUCAUUUUUAAAAACUUGUAAUAUUUAAAGUUUAACAAUUGAGAGCGCACCACUGUAAAGCAUUCAAGCCUACAUACACACACUAUGAAAUUUGAUUAACAUGUUGUGAACACAAGCCGCUGUGUAAUGUGAUGUUGCAACCUUAAGGUGGUAGCGUUCUCCUAUAGUUCUGCUGAGGAGUUGUAGCAUUAUUGAAGGCAUUUCAUUUGAGUGAAAGGAGGUGUAAUAAAAUGAAAGUAUUCUUACUGUAUUAUCCUUAAUAAAGAGAUACUCACUUUUUGCACUUUAUGACUUAUUGUGUUGUGAUCAAUUGAAAGAUUUACAUCUCUCUGCUUCCUUCACAGUGUCUUUUAUCUUUUGGUGUUGAUAAAUUGUGUAGUUAUAUGGUCUAAAUGUAUAUAAUCAUACAUUUUGUAUCCUAUGGAAACAGGAAUAUGCAAUAAAAACCUAAAUGCUUC